AUGGCUUCGCAGCUGCCUAAUACAACAACAACGUCCGAACAAAUUGACUUUGAAGAUGCUUCAUCUCUGAUUAGCCUUUCGAGGGAUCAACGUGCAAGGAUUGCAGAAGAUACUCUUAAUAAGAUUAAAGCUGGCUGGUAUUGCUUACAUGGAGGUUCUCGAAUUAAUCUUGCAGAUGAUAUAACAUUUUGUAAGGAUAACAGUGUACUUUACACAGAAGAUGAUCUACAAAACACAACAAAGAUAACCUUAAAUGUCGAUGAAACGGCAAUAACGUCAUCAACAACCGCUACUUGUGCAUGCGCAAAAACUGAAGUUCGUCAUUGUACGACACUACAAGCAGCUCAAGCUUUAGUUGCUGAAAUGGGUGAAGAUCGUGUUGGAGUAUUGAAUUUUGCCUCGGCUAAGAAUCCAGGAGGUGGUUUCCUUAGGGGUUCCAAUGCACAAGAAGAGUCACUGGCCAGAUCGUCAUCACUUUAUUUAGCGCUUACCCAAGCUCGGUUGUUCAAUGAAUAUUAUGGUUAUAAUCGACGUGGUAAAAAAGGCAUCUAUAGCCAUCGUAUGAUCUAUUCACCAAGAGUGACAAUUUUUAAAGAUGAUAAUGGAAAAUUGUUACCUUCACCGUAUCAUGUUGGUAUUGUGACAGUUCCUGCUCCAAAUGCUAGUGUGAUCCAGGAUGCAGAUACAAUUAGAAAUAUAAUGACAGAACGUAUUAAACGCUUACUGUACGUUUUCGAAACCAGCAAGCAUGACAGUUUGGUGUUAGGAGCGUUUGGUUGUGGUGUGUUCAGAAAUAGUCCGUUAGACGUUGCUGUUACUUUUCGACAGCAUCUAGAAUCAGAAGAGUUUAAAAACUCGUUCAAACGAAUCAGUUUUGCAGUUUUGGAUGCUGAAAUGUAUCAAGUGUUCAAGCAAGUGUUUGCUGUGAAUGAUUUGAGUGAUAUACAACAAGAAAUUGCAGCAAUAUCUCUGGAUAAUGUUGAUCAUAAACAGUAUUCAUUCAAAAACGGAAAUAAACCGUAUAAGAAAGGAGGUAAGCGUAAACAAAAACAAAACAGUGGCUUUAAAGAAGUUCAAGAUAAAACAGGUAGCAAUCACAGUGAGCAAGAAGGUGACGGCGAGUGA